UUUCCAGAUGAAUUUUUUCGCCUUAGCGGGGGUGUUCCAGAAAAUAUAAAUUCAAGUUUUGAGUUCAUUGUUUCCCUUGGUUCUGCUACUGACUUGCCUGCCUCAAUUGACUACAGAGGCGUUUUUGGACCAGUUGAAAAACAAAAUACUAAUACUAAACUGUGUGGCAGUUGUUGGGCUUUUAGCGCAGCGGGCGUAGUUGAGGGCGUCUACGGGUGGCGCACAGGUGGACGACAGACGGUGAACCUGGCCAAGCAGGAAUUGGUGGACUGCGCCAGUGAGCAUUACGGCUACAAAAAGUGCAGAGGAUGCGGAGGUGGCAACGCUAAGGAGGCGUUGAGGUACGUGAAGGAGAAGGGAAUUGCCCUGACGGCGCAGUACCCGUACCGCAUGGAGGACGGCCACCAGUGCCGCCAACAGGUGACGCCUCGUUUCAUUCGCCCGGGAGCGUUUCAGUGUGCCCGACUGCCCUACGGUGCCAGUGAGGACCAGCUGAAGACCGCCCUCAAGCGUUUCGGCCCACUGUCAGUGGUAAUCAUAGCAAGUGAUAGCCAGUUUCGCUCCUACCGAAAGGGCGUCAUGACUGCGGAUACGGUCGAUCCAAAAGCCAAAACCCGUCACGUGGUCGUGCUGGUCGGCUACGGAACUACGGCCGAUCAAAAGCCUUACUGGACGAUUCGCAACAGUUGGGGCUCAGGUUGGGGUGAAGAAGGUUACGGACGUUUGCUACGAGAUCCUAAAAGUACUAGUGCUCGGGAAAUUGACCGUUACCCAGUUUACAUAACUGAUUUUAAAGUUUAA